UUUCGAGUACUGCAGUCUCUGCUCCAGUUGUGGUGGUUGCCUGCUGAGGUCCUGUCAGACACAAAAUGCUCGUUGCCUGCUCAUGUGAAUCAGCAACCAAGGGCGAUAAUACAGAAAAACGCUUUCAUCAGCAGCCCUGUGCUGUGCUGUAUCGCACAAGUUUGAUACCAAUGCUCUGGAUAGGAAAAGUGGUCUCAAGUUUAAAGAACAGGCUUAGGGGAUUCUGAAGAGGCUGCUUCUAUAUGAAGGGGUGUAAUAUUUUGGUGUUUCUCUUCCCCUGUCUGUUGCAGCAGACUAAUUACUGAUUGGACUUCAUGAACAUAAAUUCCUGAGCCUGCUGAACUCCCCAGCCCCUCUGCUUUCCACCAUGGACCAGGAUUAUGAGAGACGUCUCCUACGCCAAAUCAACAUACAGAAUGAAAACACAAUGCCUUGCGUAACAGAGAUGAGAAGAACCCUGACGCCUUCCAAUUCUCCAAUGUCUUCUCCUAGUAAGCACGGUGACAGAUUCAUUCCCUCAAGAGCUGGGGCCAACUGGAGCAUCAACUUCCACAGAAUAAAUGAAAAUGAAAAAUCACCAAGUCAAAACAGAAAAGCAAAGGAUGCUACAUCGGACAAUGGCAAAGAUGGCCUUGCUUACUCUGCCUUGCUGAAGAACGAACUCUUAGGAGCAGGGAUUGAGAAAGUGCAAGACCCACAGACAGAAGACAGGAGGCUGCAGCCAUCCACCCCGGAGAAGAAGUCUCUCUUCACUUAUUCGCUCAGCACAAAACGCUCUAGUCCAGACGAUGGCAAUGAGGUCUCACCGUAUUCCCUGUCUCCUGUCAGCAACAAAAGUCAGAAGCUGCUAAGAUCACCUCGAAAACCAACUCGGAAAAUCUCAAAGAUUCCUUUCAAAGUGCUGGAUGCCCCAGAGCUGCAGGACGACUUCUACCUGAACCUGGUGGACUGGUCCUCUCUUAACGUCCUCAGCGUUGGCCUUGGGACUUGUGUUUACCUAUGGAGCGCUUGUACUAGCCAGGUAACCCGACUGUGUGAUCUCUCUGUGGAAGGAGAUUCUGUAACAUCUGUGGGCUGGUCAGAACGGGGGAACUUGGUAGCCGUUGGCACUCACAAGGGCUUUGUACAGAUCUGGGAUGCAGCUGCGGGAAAAAAGCUCUCCAUGCUAGAGGGACACACAGCUAGAGUUGGUGCCUUGGCAUGGAACGCGGACCAGCUGUCUUCUGGGAGCCGAGACAGGAUGAUCCUUCAGAGGGACAUCCGCACCCCACCCCUGCAGUCUGAGCGGCGGCUCCAGGGCCACAGGCAGGAGGUCUGUGGGCUCAAAUGGUCUACGGACCACCAGCUCCUGGCCUCUGGAGGAAAUGAUAAUAAGCUCCUUGUCUGGAAUCACUCCAGCCUCAGUCCUGUCCAACAAUACACAGAGCAUCUUGCAGCAGUAAAAGCUAUCGCCUGGUCUCCACACCAGCACGGACUCCUCGCCUCCGGCGGUGGGACAGCUGACCGCUGCAUACGCUUCUGGAACACGCUCACCGGGCAGCCUUUGCAGUGUAUUGACACUGGGUCGCAAGUGUGCAACCUGGCCUGGUCGAAACACGCCAACGAGCUAGUGAGUACCCACGGCUACUCGCAGAACCAGAUCCUCGUCUGGAAAUACCCCUCGUUAACUCAAGUAGCAAAGCUAACAGGGCACUCGUACCGAGUCUUAUAUCUGGCAAUGUCCCCUGAUGGGGAGGCCAUAGUUACAGGAGCUGGAGAUGAAACCUUGCGCUUCUGGAACGUCUUCAGUAAAACUCGCUCGACGAAGGUAAGGAUGUGUUGUGAGUCUGUAUCUGUUCUCAACCUCUUCACCAGGAUACGAUAAACCCCAUAUACUGCGACCCAGGAGACUACAGCCUGACAUACCGGGAUAAAACCACUACCUUGGUGUGCAUGGAACCCCAAACGAUCAGCCAGAAGGGGAGGGAGUGCCAGUGGGACUGGAGGACGGACCCAACAGAUGCUAAUUAAAUACGUGCUUGUGAACCACGCUGGGCAGUA